UUCGUACAGCUCAUUAGGCGAGAAACUUUCGACGAGGGUGGCUCAAUAUUAGGGAUUUAAGCCUGUCAUUCCAGGGCUCCCAUUCCAGUCUAUAAAAGUUAGUAUCUUGGGUCCCUUCUGUUUGGUAUAUUCUAUUAGCGAGGUGGUAAGGUCAAUUAGGCAAUAUCAAGCUGGCAAGGCUGUACCUCAACAUAAAAUACGACUCUGUGGGUGACAAGAGGAAAAAAACACAUUGAAAACUUAAUAAUUCUGGGGAAACAUGGAACAAGUUAUACGGAAAUCCAUUAAGAGGGAGAGCCCCAGCGAAGAGGAGUUCUUGGAGGAGGACCCAGCGGAACUGGAGGUGGAAAAGCCCGAACACAGCGGCAGUUCCAAUGGGGAGAGCGACGAGGAAGGUCAGCAGGAUCAAAAGAAAGUGGACUCCAUCAUCGCCGAGAUGGACGAGGAAAAGGACAAGGAGCAGGAGGCGGCAGGUGGGCAGGAUAAGAAGAGCGAGGAGGACUUUCGCAGGAUGUAUGAACUGAGUCUUCUCCCGCCGGCUGCCAUGGCAGCUUACAUCCAGCGCCUGGAGAAGGAGCUCUACGAGCUGAGCCAACGCGAAGCCAGGGAACUCAACCGCAGCAAGCACCUGCGCAUCUUCGGCAACUCCCGGCGUCGCUCCAACAAGUAAACAAGUGGCAAAUCUGCUUACACUGCGAUGACUUUGAUGGUAUCA